UAAGAAACCUAGACUGCUAAGGACUGGAACUGUAUCAUCUCUAGUGAUGAAUCCAGGUUCUGUUUGGGAUCUGACCAUGGUCAGGUUCAAACCUGGAGACUUUGUAAUUUCAAUCUCGCUAUUCAAUAUGAGUGACCAACUUAAAUUCAUUGUGGAAAAAUUGAACAAGGAACCAUUUAAGAAGAACCUGAAUUUAAUAACAUUUGACUCACUGGAACCCAUGCAGUUAUUACAAGUCCUGAAUGAUGUCCUUGGAGAAAUAGACCCGAAGCAUUCCCUUGACAUUCGAGAAGAAAUGCCAGAUCAAACUACGAAGAGGAUGUUGAACAUUCUAGGUAUCCUGAAAUAUAAACCCCCCGGAAACACAGGAGAUCUGAACACUUUUCGCCAAGGUCUGGUUGUUGGAAGUAAACCCAUUAUUCACCCAUUAUUGUACUGGCUACUCCAGAAGACAAAUGAGUUAAAGAAGAGGGCAUAUUUGGCCCGGUUUCUAGUUAAAAUGGACGUCCCUGCAGAGUUUCUCCAAGAUGACAUUGUUUUUGAAACGUACAAGCAGUAUGAAGAACUGAUGGAGAACUUCAAAACUCUUCAUAAGGAGUGUGAGCAGCUAAAAACAUCUGGCUUCUCUACCGCUGAGAUUAGACGGGACAUCAGUGCAAUGGAAGAGGAAAAGGAUCAGCUAAUGAAGAGAGUUGAACGUCUUAAAAAAAGGGUGGAGACAGUUCAGAAUCAUCACCGGAUGCUUGAAAUAGCAAGUCAACUGCGUGUCGAAAAAGAAAGAGAAGAAUCUCUGGCCCAACAGAAGCAGGAGCAGAGAAAUCAGCUUUUUAGUGCAGAGCAGAAGCUGCAGAGAGCCCAGCAACAGUUGAAAAACAUGCGACAUGCAGCCGCUGAUGCAAAACCGGAAGGACUUAUGAAAAGGAUUGAAGAAGAAAUGAAAUUUAAUUCAUAUAUGGUAUCUGAAAAGCUUCCAAAAGAGCUGGAGAACAAGAGACUGACCCUGGGCUUCAUGCAGAGAGUUGUGAAUGAGCAAGUAAUUGACCAAUCUGAUCUCACAGAGCUGGAAGCCAAGAUCCAGGAGGUUAAUACUGAAAUCAACCAUCUGAUUGAAAAGAGGAUGAGAAGCGAUCCGGUGGAUGACAAAUUGACUCUUUUUCGGCAGCAGGCGGCUAUCAUCUCACGAAAGAAGGAAACAAAAGCUGAAGAAUUACAAGAAGCAAAAGAAGAAAUUGCUAAUCUGGAGAGAGAAAUAGCACAAAAGUCUAGCCAGGCACGAGACAGUGAUGGCUCUGAAAUGUUAAGAGGAGAUGAGUUUAAACGUUAUGUUAGCAAACUUCGGGGGAAAAGCUUGGUCUUCAAGAAAAAGAGGCAAGAGUUAGCAGAAUUCACAGCAGAAUAUGGUGUUCUACAAAGAACAGAGCAGGUCCUAAAGCAACGCCAUGACAGCAUCCAGCAGCAACUGCAAACCAUAGAACAAAAAAGGGGAAUAUCAGGGUUCAGCGACACCCAGGAAGAACUGGAGAGAGUGUCGGCCUUAAAGAGCGAAGUGGAUGAAAUGAAGGGACGAACGCUAGACGACAUGUCUAACAUGGUAAAGAAGCUAAACUCCAUGAUAGAAGCUAAAAAAUCAGCAUUGGCUCCAGUUAUAAAAGAGCUGAGGCCUUUACGCCAGAAAUGCCAGGAGCUGACCCAGGAGUACGAUGAAAAGAAAGCCCAGUAUGACAGCUGCGCCGCUGGUCUGGAGAGUAACUGCUCCAAGCAAGAGCAGGAAGUCCGAGGACUUCAGGAGGAGUGUAGCCAAGCUGAGACACAGUAUCAUUACAUCAACUUGAUGAAAAAGAUUGGUGAAGUCCAGAUACAGCGAGCAGCAGAUGAGAUGAAAGCUUAUGUCUCCCCAGACUCACAGGAAAGAAGAAAAGCUCUCAGGGACCAAUAUUCCAAGAAUAUCCAAGAGCAAGAAAAUUUGGGAAAGAAAUUAAGAGAGAAGCAAAAAUCUAUAAGAGAAAGCCAUGGGCCUAACAUGAGACAAGUGAAGAUGUGGAAAGAUUUUGAACAACUGAUGAAAUGUAAGAAAAUGUGUUUUCUGAAACAGCAAAAUCAGUCAUCAAGUGAGCGCAUUAUUCAAGAAGGAGGAGAAGACCGUCUUAUCUUAUAAAGUUCUUUGUAAACUUUCAGAUGUCCUUACAUUAUAUAUAUAUAUAUAAACUGGCUUCAAAUGUAUGUGUGUUCUUGUAGUAAAGAUGUUUCAUGAUUACCCCACCCUAGUGGUCGAUGAAUCCAGAAGUUCUCAAUAGACAGAGCUGGUUCUCCAGCUGGUGAACAUAGAUGUAACAGGAGCAUGACAGGUAUUUAUGAGUAUGAGCCCUUUGCCUUUGGAGAACUGCCAGAUUCAUUUCUUGUCAAACAAUAUGUGUUAAAGAGUAACAUUUCUAGUAAUAGUGCACACAUGCCACAGCAGGAUAGAGAUCCAUCACAUACAGUGAGUUAGAUAAGUGCAAUGUUUCGGUAAUAACCCUUCAUCAGACAUGCACAUCAGAGAAAGUCAUGUCCUAGAUGGGACUUGUGUAGCUAUGCCAGUGAUUAUCUAAAAUAUGAUAAAUGCCCUAACUCGUCUGCCCUGCUUCUGUAUAGGUUGUGUUCCAAGUUAGAUUUGUUUGCUUCUCAGCUUGAGAAAUAUUUUUUCCAAUUACACACUUUAUUCGGUAAAGUAUGACAAUUUAUUUCAAUAACAAACAUCAGUGACAGUAAGUUUAAUAUAUUAUUAAUUGAACAUUAGUGUAUCUAGGCCUCUUGGUUUUUUAAGAUGUUAUUACAUCCAUUACACUGCUUGCCAGCAGUAAAAACUCCUCUUGAUGAUUGAAAACGUCCAACUAUUUUUCAGACUGUAAAAAAUUGGUUAGUGAUUUGAGAAAUUGUUCCAUGUAAAUGGCCCUUUAGAGUUGUGAACAAUCUGUGUGUGUGUGUCGAGUCUAGUUGACAUAAAAAGAAAUGACCAAACUUUUAUGCACUUAUUCUGUUUAAGCAGUCUUCAACACGAGGAUCUCUAGCUGUUGUGAAACAAAAAAUUCUAGCAUGCCAUGGAAGCUGCAAAUACUAAGGGCAUUCUUAGUCUGCAGAAUUUAAAGGGAUUUUCCAUUCAUAUAAAAUGUAUGGCAUAGAGCUGCAAAUGGUUAAAUGCCUCUUAGCCAAUCAGUGGUUACGAUGAUCAUGGCUGCAGGAAGUGAUUGGCAAAGCGACAUUCCCAACCUGCUGUGUUAGGACAGGAGAAAAAAAUGGAGUGGAGAACCCAGGCACCGUUGGAGCAGGUGAGGGAUCGGUGAGGUGAGCAUAAGCUAUAUUUUUAAGCUAUUUGCAGUCCCCUGCCACACUUUUUAUGGAUGGGAAACCCCUAUUAAAAAUAUAAUCGCCCCAGUGAUCGACUUAGCAGCUAGGCAAGUUGUGCAAUGUAGUCCAGUCAUGAUAUAACGGAGGAUCGAAGUAAAUGCAUGCUGGAUAUUAAGACUCUUACUAUAAAAAAAAACCAACAAUGUAGGAUAAAGCUUAUGUGUGUUCAAGCAACAGGUGCCUGCCUGUUGCUUUUAAAGGCAUCUGUCAGCAGAUUGGUACCUAUGAAACUGGUUGACUUGUAUGUGCGCUUGGUUACUGAAGGCAUCUGUGUUGGUCCUAUUUUCAUAUGUGCCCGCAUUGCUGAGAAAAAAUAAGUUUUAAUAUAUGCAAAUGAACGUCUAGGAGCAACUGGGGCAUUGCCAUUACUCCUUGAAGCUCAG